CUCCUUUAAUAAUUUACAGACAUGUCCAGAUUUUUCAAUCUUUUCUGGAAAAAGAAAUGCUAAAUGUAACCGAGAAAACUGUUCAAAAUAGAUAUAUAUAUUAUUGGGACAAAGUUCCCGAAGAGGAGCUUUAUCUGAUCAAUCCUUUUCUUGGUGCAGCAGAAGAAAAAGAAAAUCUUGUUUCUGUUGGGUUUCCUACAGGUUUUUUUUUUUCUUGAAGCAUUUCAAUGGAAGUUCCUACAUGGACAUUUGGAGUUCCUUCAGUUAGUGUUAUUGGUGAUGGGUAUUGUUUUCCUUAUCCAAUGGAACUAAUUGUCAAGAAGAAGAUUAAAAAGAUGUCCAAUGCACAAUUUGAAGUGUUUGAUCUUAGUGGAAAUCUUCUUCUCCAAGUAGAUGGUGGCGUUUGGAGCUUCAACAUGAAAAGAAUUGUUCGCGACCCUGCUGGUUUUCCUAUCCUGACACUGCGCGGAAAGGCACUUACACUUUGGCAUAAAUGGAAGGCUCAUGAAGGUGAAAAUAAAGAUGAAAACAAUAUUCUCUUUAGCGUACGACAAUCUCAUCCUCUCCAAAUAAAAAAGGACCUUCAUGUUUUCUUGGCAAAUUUCAAGCAAAAAGAUCCAGAUUUCCAUGUCACUGGAUCUUACACUUCCUUAUCUUUCAAAGUCUACAAAGGCCAUAGGCUUCUUGCAGAGGUCAAAGGCCCUAGGCUUUCUGCAGAGGUCAAACAUACCUUCACAUUGGAAAGCUUCUACAAGGGCAAGGAAAAAUACAGAGUUAAAGUUUAUCCAGAGGUGGAUUAUGCAUUCAUUGUAGCAUUGCUUGUAAUUAUUGAUGAGAAUGACACUCCCUGAUAAUGUCUUCUUCUAAG